CAGGAUAAGGAGAGAAGGGAAAAAAGAAGAGGAGGAGGGAAAGAGGGAGGAGGAGGCAAAACUCUCUGAGUGCCACUGCCUCCUGCUUGAAGGGGAGGACUCUCUCCAGCAGUGCCAAGGGGUGGGGGACCCGGAGAGAGCUGGAAGCUGCUGAGAGCGGAGAGCUGCCCUAGGAGGGAUGGACGUGAUGAUGCUGGUGCAGGGCGCUUGUUGUUCGAACCAGUGGCUGGCAGCCGUGCUCCUCAGCCUCUGCUGCCUGCUGCCUUCCUGCCUCCCGGCUGGACAGAGUAUGGACUUCCCCUGGCCGGCUGUGGACAACAUGAUGGUCAGAAAAGGGGACACGGCGGUGCUUAGGUGUUACCUGGAAGAUGGAGCUUCAAAGGGCGCUUGGCUGAACCGGUCAAGUAUCAUUUUUGCCGGAAGCGAUAAGUGGUCGGUGGAUCCUCGAGUUUCAAUUUCCACUUCAAAUAAAAGGGACUACAGCCUCCAGAUACAGAACGUUGAUGUUACAGAUGACGGUCCAUAUACUUGUUCCGUGCAGACUCAACACACUCCUAGAUCCAUGCAGGUGCACCUAACUGUACAAGUUCCUCCGAAGAUCUAUGACAUCUCGACUGACAUGAUUGUCAAUGAAGGAACCAAUGUCACCCUCACUUGCUUGGCCACUGGGAAACCAGAGCCUUCCAUUUCUUGGAGACAUAUCUCCCCAUCAGCCAAACCUUUUGAAAGCGGACAAUAUUUGGACAUCUACGGAAUCACAAGAGACCAAGCCGGGGUGUAUGAAUGCGGAGCGGAGAAUGAUGUGUCGUUCCCAGAUGUGAAAAAAGUACAAAUCACGGUAAACUUUGCUCCCACAAUUCAGGAAAUUAAACCCACCGGCGUGAUCCCUGGACGCAGUGGAAUAAUAAGAUGCGAAGGUGCAGGUGUGCCGUCCCCAGUGUUCGAAUGGUACAAAGGAGAAAAGAAGCUCUUCAGCGGUCAGCAAGGGAUUUCGAUUCAAAACUACGGCUCAAGAUCCAUACUGACUGUCUCCAAUGUGACACAGGAACACUUCGGCAACUAUACGUGUGUGGCUGCCAACAAGCUGGGAACAACCAACGCGAGCCUGCUUCUCAACCCUCCAAGUACAUCCCAGAACGGAAUUACCGGGAGUGCCGAAGUCCUUUUCUCCUGCUGGUACCUUGUGUUGACACUGUCCUCUUUCACCAGCAUAUUCUACCUGAAGAACACCAUUCUACAAUAAAUGUAAAGAACCAUAAAAGGCUUUUAAGGAUUCUCUGAAAGUGCUGAUGACUGGAUCCAAUCUGGUACAGUUUGUUAAAAGCAGCGUGGGAUAUAAUCAGCAGUGCUUACAUGGGGAUGAUCGCCUUCUGUAGAAUUGCUCAUUAUGUAAAUACUUUAAUUCUACUCCUUUUUUGAUUAGCUGCAUUACCUUGUGAGGCAGUACCCAUUGUCCUUUUUUAAGACGUGAAAGCUCUGAAAUUACUUUUAGAGGAUAUUAAUUGUGAUUUCAUGUUUGUAAUCUACAACUUUUCAACAACAUUCAGUCAUGGUCUGCUAGGUGGCAGACUGUAGUUUACAAAAAAAUAAUAUUGCAGUGAAAAUGGGAUUCUUUAAGGCUGCAAUACAAGCAUUCAGUUCCCUAUUUCAAUGAGAUUCUAGACCCAUUUACACCGAUGCAUUUUUUUUUCGUUUUUGAUAAAAGAGCAAAUAAUAUUACCGUCAAACCAUUUCUUCAAAAUAUAACCCAUAUCUAGAUUUUUCUGCUCGCAUGAUAUUCAGGUUUCAAGAAUGAGCCUUGUAAGAUAACUGCUUUUUUUUCCUGUAAGUUCAGCAUGGGUGUGCCUUCAUAAAAUACAACUUUUCUCUUCCUCUCCAACAAAAUCAGAAAUGUUUUGGGAAAUUCUAAAAUUGAAGUCCAAGAGUGCCUUCUCUCUACCAGGAGAAAGGUGCCAUUGGCUCAAAAAAAAAAAAAAAUACCUCUUCCUCUGUCACCAGUGUGGUAAAUGGUAUCAUUCAUAACUCUACCCACACAGCAAGAUUUUUGGCACUGAUCUCUUGUUUUCCUUUUCAGUUCCACUCGUGUAGCACAGAUACAUUUACCAUACGUUUUCUUCAGAUAUAACGAAAGCAUCAGAGCCUCUGUGGAUGAUGUUUCCUUUUCCCUUCGUAAAUACAGCACAACUAUUUCCAGAGAUUUAUUGUACAUGUAGUAUCUUUUCUUUUUAGCAUUCCCAGCCUCAAUCCUUAGGAUGCUGGGUAUUGGGUGUGUAGAGAAAAUGAGGGGGCUGGCAAGUACUAAAAUGGUGAAAAUCCUUGACCUUGAUUUUUCUAUUGUAGCCACAAAGCCAGCCUACAGGACAGAGGUCAUGCUUCCCAUUGGCAGAUUGAUUUUAAACCUUUGAUGUCUGAAAACCUUGUGGUCAAAAUCAAGUGAUUCCAAUAACCAUAUCAUCUCAGUAUGCACUUAAAAAGUGAUGGCAAAUUAUAUUUUUAUCCUCACUUUGAUUAGUCUCCUAAACUACUAAUUCUGUAGAAAAUUCUUGCUCUAUCACUAAUUUAUUUCCAAUAAACAAAUCCUAACUAAAUUAGCAUGCUUUAUUUCUUCUUACAUGACUUUUGUAAGUUGAUCAAAUAAACAAUACUACUGAUGAGGAUUUCUUAAGAGAAUGUUAAUUAUGCAAAUCACAAUGGCUACUAAAUUAUUUUCUAUUGUGGAGAAUGCAGAACCACUGUAGUUAGUGAAAAAAAUUGCUAUUCUGUGGUACAUAGGCCCACGGUUUUACUAUUACUAAAGUAAGACCACGGCUUUGGAAAAAUGACCCUUCCUUUAGUGUCAUUACCACAGAACAUUAUAUUCAGUUUAUGUUACAGUCAUAACACCACAAGAGCUACGAAAUGAACUUGGAAACAAGGAAUUUCACCAGGGGGUACAUAUUUAGGAUACCCGAACGCAUGAAGUGAUCUUCUCAACUUGAAAACGCUAUGCCUUUGGAAGAAAGCUCCAAUCCUUUUUUCUUGACAUGAAAAUUAGGCAAAGAAUAUACAGCACAUCUGCUUUAACUCAAAAUGAAUCUUGGAUGAGGGACGUAACGGUACGCUUUUUCCAUAAAAUGAUAAUAAAAAGGUUUAACGCUGUAGAAUUCAAUUAGCGUAAAAUUCACAUUACCAUGAUUUUGGCUGAUAGACUAAAAAGUGGAACUUUUCACAAAUUGGAUCUUCAAUUUCUGGUACAUUUUCUUGGAAACGAUUCUUUGUGGAAUCAGCGUAUGAAAUACAAAACAUCCUUCCAUCCUGAGCUUUUUUGUAUUGCAGCUUUAAAGUGACAUACUCCAUCGUCAAUUCACUUGGUAUGGUGGUGCCACCAUAGAAAGAAUGACGCAUCAGUACCAUUUGGAAGAAAGAAACUGAUCAAGAAUAGGUAAAACACAGACAAAAGACAACUUUACUGAAACUCAGAUACCUCCUCUUAUGUAAGGUGUGUAAGGUUCGUGAGGUAAAAUUACAGUUCUAAGGGUAAACCAAAUCACUUAGUUGAGAGUGUUGUCAUGAUUCUGGAUUUGUGGAGUCUGGUGUUUUUAUCAUAGAAUGUGACAGAAGUGCAGUCAUAGCACAGUAUCUGUAUGUAUUUGCCUUUAUGUUAGAAGAUAUUCAUUUGAAUGAAAUAUUUAAAAACAGAGGAGGUAUUUGGUAUUUUAUUUUUUCUGCAUCACAGCAGUAUACUUAGUCACUAGGCCUCUGGACAGUGGGAACUCAUAAGUAUCUAUGGGUUCAAUAUUGUUCAAAUAAGCCGACAGUAUUUGCUUUUUUGUGUGAAUGUAUUGCAUAUGAUGUUCAAGUAGAUGAUUUUACAUUUAUGGGCAUAUGAAACGUCUGAUUGCUCCAUUUUUUCAAUUCUGACUGUACAAGAUUGUUGCAAUUUCAGAACAGUAGCAUUUUACAAAAUUGAUUUCUCUCUUUUUGAUCUUGACGAUUUUUUUCUAGUUAUUCAUUUCAGGGGUGAAUUUUUCACCAGUUCCAUUGAUGGAACUUCUUUUGUUGCCUGUUCUGAGGAUUUCUUUCCCCUCCCCCCACCCCAAGAAAGGAAGAAAAAGCUACUACUGUAGUUAACCUGUCCAUUUCCAUCUCUAGGUUGACACCAAGCAGUAUCACAAAGUUUUAUACUACUCCUGUUGUCUCACAUUUGCAAAACUAUGGCCUGUUAAACCGCAGCGUCCUCUGUGUACAGAGUAACAUCGGGCUCUUAAUUAUCACUGUGGUAUGGGGACGAUCUCUCUAAAUAAAGGUGGAGUUUCAUGAUACCACAGUAUGCUGAAGUUACAUUUCAGAGUUUCCAAUUAGACCUGUCUGUUUGGGUUUUUUGGUUUGGUUUGGUUUGGUUUUCCUGGGAUUGACCAAUUAGCCGAAAAGUAAAUUCCAGUUCUCAGCGUGGCAUUGUGCAUUUUCGACUGAGGCAAAGUGAAUUGAAGAGUCGAUACAAUUAUCCAAAUAACUUCAACAAAAUUGCUCUCCUUACCGAGGAAACAGUAGGUUUGAGCACCUGAUUUACCUAGAUUGGCUCUGUUGAUUAAUUUAGAGAAUUUUUCCCCACCUAGAACACAUUGCCUGUGAAGACAACCAGAGAUGUCUCAUUUGAACUCUUCAAUUAAAAAGAAAAAAAUGUUUUUUGAAAUGCAAAGAUAAUUCAAAGAGGCCAGGUUUUUUAGACUAUUGAAGAAUGUGAAUGUAUUACAAUGGAUAUGAACAUGAAUAAAUGAUAUGCCUUAA